GAGGUCUUUUCUUUUCACAUGGUAGCUGCUGUGCAGUUUGUUCGGCUUUUUAUUUAUUCCUACGUGAGCAGACCCACUACACUUCUUGCAUAUAAACAGUGAAAAUUACAAUAUAAAGGAGUUUUUCCCCUUCUUUUGGAGUUAUUCCGUCGCUGCUCAAAGCCAGGCUCGUUGUGCAAGGACGGGGACAGCCUCUGCAGGUAAUUGCACUGCUUCAAGCGAGCCUUUCCUUGCUGCUUGCAAAGACUGCUCCAUCUCAGAUGCUUCACCACGGACCAAGUGAACACUGUUCUUCGUUCCACAUCCCAGAAGUGGCAGACAUGGCUCUCUUUGGCUCACAUGUGAGCUUCACCCAAGAUACCAGGUCAAGGAACUCUGCCCUCUGAAUUUCUCUGAUGCCUCAGUACCAUCCUGGCCAUUCCCUACUGGGUUUUGUGAGGCUAUUAAACAAGACAAGUUUCCCUCACGGAAGAAUAGGGGAAUAGCAUGAAAGGAAAUAAUGGCCCCGAAGGAAGACUUUGUGAUGGACAUAAAUGAGGAUGUUCCCUUAGGAGCAUCAUGUAUCAUCACAGAAGCAAACUCCAAGGUCAUUUAUUUUUUCACCUAUCUACAUGCUACAGAAAGAAGAUGUCUUUGACUCCCAUAGUUUUACAUUAGAAAUUGCUGCUCUGGGAAACGAAGGGGUAUGUUCUAGACCCAAGAAUUCUUCCGGAAUAUACACUUUGGGAGUGUGGCACUGUUCCACAAAUAGAACUUUGUCUUUUUCUUCAAGACAGCAAAUUUUUUCUGGAAUCAGACCUGCCUCCUCUAACCUGCCCUGAUAAACAUCCCACCAGCCCUCUUGGUAGAUAUCAGAUGUUUAAAAGUUACCCUAACGCACUGUUUAUCUAAGUGGCAAUUAUUACUGCAGUGGAAUAAUAUUUUAACUGCAAGGAAAAUAUUUGAGAGGGCUCCCAAGUGGAAUUUAUAGGCUGGGAAUGGCUGUCAGGGCAUCUUAUACUAAGAGGAGUGGACCACUCCAAGCUGGCUGGCAGUUCUCCUGGUCUGAGAUGCCUUCAAUAGACGCUACUCCAAAGACCUAAGGGAGAUGUGCCCUAGAGAAGUGUAUGGUUCUCUUCCUUUCCACUGAGGCUCAAUGGCCCAGCAAAGUAUGAAAGUGAGACCUGUGCUCCUAAAGCGGAACAGCCUCGAGUCUGUGGAGCUUGUGCAACAACCCCACCACCGCAGGAGCAAAUCCCAGCAAGUGCGAUUCAAGGAAGAUGGGACCACUAAGAAUCAAACUGGCGUAGCCGAGGUUGAUGCCCACACUCCUGAAGACCCAGCUGAGAUGGGGAAGACACAAGCAUCUAGGCACCAUCACCCCCCCACCUACUCUCUCUCCUUUCCCCGGGCCCAGAAGGCAGGGGGCUUUCGGAACAUCGCAAUCCAAACCUCCCCCAGUCUCAGGAAGCAUUUCCCAGUUUUGAGAAGGAAGAAACUCACAUCCAGCAAGUCCCUCGUGGAAAUGCCGACAGCACCCCAAAGUGCCAUCCAGGUCAACGGCAACUUCUCUGAACAAGACCUAAUGUCUUCUGACCUUGCCUAUUUACGGCUGGCUCAGCAUCUUGUGGAUGGCCCUCGAAGGAUCAAAGUGUCCCACCCGUUUCUGCCUCAGUUGCCCAAGUUGCAAAGCAAUGGGCCUGUUAGCAUAUGCUUAGACGCUGGGACUUGGAGGGGCUCAGAGAAAGCAACAGCUGCCAUUCAGGUCCCAGAAGACAUCUAUCACAGUCCUUCCUGGGAAACUAGGGAGUCCACUGUCAGCCCAGACAGGCUGGCUCAAAUAAACAACUCAGGACCCCCUUUGGUUGACAUGUGUCCAGGUGAUAGGAAAAAGAUACUGAGGUCAGAUUUAGAAUCAUCCCCCUCCUGCUUAAAUGCCACCAGCGGUGCCAACAACAUGUCAGGCACAGGGAAACUCAAACCCGAAUUGCUUUUGCCCAAAGACAAUUCUAAUGACAAAGGUCUUGGCCCACUGUCAUCGCAGUCAAAGGAAACAUGCAUUCCCUUAUCUCCACGGACUCACAGUUGCCCUGCACCAGAUUCCCACAUCCAGACAGCUCAUUCAGGAAGAGCCUCAGACUACCCUGCAUCAAGUGAUGGUCACCAGAACCCAGUGACACUCAAAAGUAGCAGUGCAUCAAAAUCUGCCCCUUUGUGUCAGGAGAAGAUGACAAUGAAUCCCACUCAAUCAGAUAUUCUAGAGCUUCGGAGUCGUCCUGGAAGUGAUCAGCUCUCACCUUCUCUACCAAACAGUGAGACCAAAUACCAGAGCAACAGGGAGAUUAGUGGCAUUAAUCAGAUUCACUUGGCACGGGGUGAACUCUGUGACCUCCAAGGCCGGCUGCAAUCCGUGGAAGAAUCUCUGCACUCAAACCAAGAGAAAAUUAAAGUCCUUUUGAAUGUAAUUCAAGACUUGGAGAAAGCUCGAGCUCUCACUGAAGGGCGCAACUUUUAUCGAACUGGCCAAGAUCUCAACAACUGCAGUACCUGCCAGAAUACAGCGUGCAUCAUAUACAGUGUGGAAUAUGACUUUCGGCAGCAGGAAGGUAGGUUUCAUGAAGUUCUGCAAAGCCUGGACGAGGUGGAACCAGUUGAGGAGCCCUCUUCCCCACUAAAGUCCCCAGCAGAACCCCCAGCUCCUGAGAAACAAGACUUGCGACGGAAAACCAAGAAAGUGAAGAAAAAAUGCUUUUGGUGGAUCUGAGCUCACUGGGACCAUCCCUUGGCCUCUCUACUCUGCUCCCUCUCACAGGGACUCACUGCUCCCAAGGCCUUAUGCUAGUCCUUUGCAAAGGCCCCAGCUGAGAGCCCUUGACCUGUGGAACAAGAAAGUGUGAGUUGGUGUGGCACUGCUGGACACUGAUUGCCAGCCUUACUAGGUGUGCACCACUGCUUGCUGAGGACUUUAUGGACAUUGGAGUGACCACUGCUGAAUUCCCUGUCACAUAUGGCCAGGUUUCAUCCUGGUCUGUUAAUGCCAAGUUCCCCAUAAGCAAAACCCCCACUUCACUCUCCAACACCUCUUUGAGGCUAAGCAUUUCCUACUCAUCAGAGGGCCAUCAGACCAAAGGAAAAAAGAAAUAAAUCCAUGUUGUGCAGAGCAGAAAGACAGAGGAGGGUUAUAAGCAGAUACCCCUCCUCAAUUAGAUAAAUAGCCUGGCAAUUUCCUAAAAUGUCAGCAUACAUAAGCACAACACAAGUGGACAGGGCAUAAACUUCAAAGAUCACUCUGGUGUGUUGGGGUCAUUUUCAUGUAUAAGGAGCCCUUGAUUCCAAAUCAAGGAGCUUUCAUCUCAUGAUGUAUGUGCCACACAGUCUGUGGCACUGUAAGGUUGCCCAGGAUAUCCAGACUUGGUAUGACCAUCCUGCGAGACUGGAAUCCAGAGAGGGUUUCACAGUUGUAGCUUUUCCAGGGCCACCUAACAACAUGUGUCUCUUCCUAGGGCCCAAGCCUGUCGGAAGAGGGGAGGGUAAAUCAAGCUGCAGUUUGAAUUUUCCUUUGGAGUUAGUUUAUCUGCAGUGUUGAAGAUCAUGAGGUUGUGUAGCCUGUUGGUUUAUCUUUUCAGUGACUUACAUAAGGCUAAGAAAAAACACAACACUCCUUUCUAUCCAUUAAUUCCUGUGACACCCUAUAUACAUAUAUAAAUCUAUACAGUGUCCCUUCCCAGUGAUCAGACAACAGGCACCCAAUUGAAGCAGCAGGACUGGGGCUGAGGAUGUAGCUUUUGCCAUUUUCAUAUUAAAGACCUUUCUUUCCCAAAGUCUGAGUUCUUUAAGGAGUGGCUCACUCUUUCAAAAAGAUCUCCAUACACAGGAACCCAGUCAAACCUGCAUGGCUGAAUGAACUAUAAGUAACUGCUACAUAGCUUAGGGAGGAGGGAAGGCUAGAAAGGCUCAGAUUCCUCUGCAUUGAAUGAAAUUCUUUGCCAGCCCCUAGUAGGACUGAUGCUGCAAGAAAGGGAUCCUAAAGAUAACCAUACCUUAAAUUAAGAAGGCAUUUCACACCCCGCCCCCUUGCCAGUGCCAGUGUCUUAGGGAGAGUCUCUGCAGAACCCAGCACUCUGUGAUUAUGUGGGAUGUGCACACCCCACUGCAAAUCGAGACUAAUUGAGCAAACCACUCAACAGUUUCACCUUUUCCUGUCACAGUGCUGCAGUGCACAAAGCUAUUCGAGGGAGAGUAAGAGGGAAAGUUGGCAAGGUGUCUCCACUUGCACUAUUUAAGUCUUGGAAUGUCAUUCAAGAUGUUCUUGUUCUGUUUCUAGUGUAAUGUUUAAACCCACAAAAUGAGACCAGAAUACAUAACAUCAAGUUAGAAUUAAGAUAAAUACACUUGUCAUACUUGAGAAACCACAUUUCAAUAAGAUAUGCUACUACUGGCUAAAAGCCACAGAUCUUUCUUUCUGUAUCCAUACAACCAACUCUCACUUGGCUCCAGCAAUGGAAAAGAACAGCACAGAGGAUAAUCCAAUAACGCAAAAUCAUUUGGGAUCUCUUAUGUAAUUUUAUCUUGUAGAGCUUCCAUCUUAAUUUGCUUUGCUUACAUUAAUUUUGAGUGAAUUUAUAUUCUUGGGUAUCAUGCUGGAAUGAAAAUAAUCCUGUUCGUAGAAUUAAGAGACCAGGCACUAGAACAGUCUAUUGCACUAAGCUGGGGCAUGUUGCUUAGGUUUUCAGUGCCUGUUUGUUCAUUCUUGAAUGAAGACAGGAACAACGGCAUUCUUUACCCUCCUUACAAGUUAUGUGUACCUUUUAAUGUCAGAUGAGUGGAACCACUCAGAGUUGAGCUGGUGCAUUCGCCACAGUUAGCGGAGAAUGAUGAGACAAGUUGGAGGUAACACACAAAAUCAAAAAGCUUAUUGAGUCAUACGUAUAAGUUGAGUUGAGUUGUGGGCCCUUCAUAAACCCUUAACUGAAGUAAAUAAAAUUGGGACUGGAAUAUGUUGACAUUUCUAGAAACAAAACAAACCAAGGCUAUAAUGAUUCUAUACCAAAGCACAACACCACAUUACUUGGACCACCUACCUGAAACUGGGAAGGAAGUCCCUUUUGAAAAUUGAACAUUUGUAAACAUUACAAGGAAUAGGGAUGUGAUAAACACCUUCUUGAUGAAUAUAAAGGAUCAUUUCUAUGUUUAAAAAUCUGCACAUACAUAUACCAAAAUUCCACUCAUCUACCCAUGUGAAAACCACUGCUUCUUUGUAAAAUACUAUGUAACAUCUACCACAAUAAUCUAUAGAAAUGCUAUACUUGAGGUUAUAUGGUUUCAUGGAAAGAGAUUAAUUUAGCAAAAAUUACUUUUAUAAAAUUGAAGGAGAAAUGACUGAUGUAUCAACUUAAAUCCCAGAAGUUUAUGUAGCUGCUUUCUCUGUAGUUAAAAAAAUGUGUACUCGCUAUCCUUGGAACUUAAUACCAGCUCAUCUAUAGAGCACCUUCUUAAAGACGAUGUACUAACAUAAGGUUUUGUAAAUUUCUAAACUAUUUUAAAUGGGAUAUUAUCUUUUGCAAUAAACUUCCAUAUUUUUCCUA